ACAAUUACUGUAGUUAAAAAAAAAAAAAUUGUGUGGGCUGUUAGGUUGAAGGUAACUUGAUGGAAACUACUUCAGAGCUGCUAUUUAGAAAUUUAGCUGAAAUGGAUGUUUCCAUUUGAUUAUUGGCCCUCUGAAUUAAGUUUCAUGGAAGCUACAAAUUGUGCGACAAAUAUGAGAAGAAGAAACUUCUAAGCUUCCUUUUCCAUCGAGGUUGAAACGUAGCGUUCCUACCAUUCAAGUCCUUUUAAAAUCCAAAGUCGGCCAAAGGGGAGGGGGACUCUUCACUUCUUCAGCAACUUGAAGGCUUCUUUAUGUAGUUAUCCUAUCAGUUUAGGCAAUAUGCAUCCUAGGUGUUUGCUUUAUUGCCUCUGAGAGCUACCUAGUUUAUAUUGGGCGCAAUCUUCCCCCCCCACCCCUUUUCUUGGGCGUAAUUGGGUCGUAUCUGCUAUCAUCAGAGUUUUUUACUAGAUAUCCUUAAGCAGACCUCACGCUCUAAUACUCUAGCUUUGGGAUGUCAAGAACAAAAGUUGUAGUACCGUUGGGUUUCAUGGUCCUUGCUUUGUCUCUUUUUCCUGAUGUUUGUGUGGCUCAUUGUGUCCCUUCUUCCUGUGGAAGCCUCAUUGUAAGUCCCCCUUUCCGGUUGAAAAGUGAUCCUAUCAAGUGUCCUGAGUCAGAGUAUGAACUAGUUUGCGAGAACAACCGCACGGUGUUGCACACCAGUGCAUGCGGAAAAUUCUUUGUGGAGGAAAUCUCGUAUGAGUGGCAGACAGUUCGCCUGCUAGAUGCCAGUCUCCAUAGGAAUAAAUGUUCCUUUCCCUGCUCCCGUCUUCUUACAUUUCCGUGUGCGCGUGUGGUUUAUUUUCGGUAUAUCACCGAGAAUAGCAUCAUGUAUGUUUUAAAUUGCAAUAUGAGGAUGAACUCAGCACUCUAUGUGGAUGCCUCUAAUUUCACCAAUAGCUCUUCCUCACCGCACACCUACUUUUUUCUUUUCAAAGAUAACCAAACACAGGUUUCUGAUUUCAAUGAAUCAUGCAGAAUUGAAGCCCAGUUUCCGGUCAUGCUAUCCAAUGUCUCAGGCCUCUCUGCUUCUGAUAUUUACGAUAAUCUGCUAAUGGGCUUCAAACUGAAUUGGACUUGGUUUGACGCCAAUAACUCGGACUGCAGUAGCGUUUGGCGUGAGCCGUGGAUGUAAGUAUACAAGAGUUUCUUAAUUUUUAUUUUUUCUGAAGUACUUUUAACGAAACUUUAUUUAGGAUAUCGUUAUUAACUUUAAUAAGAGCAUGCUCAUAGU